GCGUAAUCGCAGGUGGUUCUAAUCUCAUCUGUCGGCGAAGAGGAGGUACGGACUUCGGCUUUUGUUUUUCCAAACUGUAAUCUGUGUCAGGUUGGCGUUUCGAUCGUGUCACCCGCAUGCGGAUGGUGUUUGUUCGAUGAUCCAGAAUGCUGCCCUCGGUUUGGUUCGUGGCCAGCUGCGCUCUCAUCCUGUGGACGCUCCGGUUGAUUGACGGCACCAGAGGACAGCGGCCGUGUGAUGAGACGGACUACUACUACGAGUACACAGAAUGUGACAGCACGGGAGCUCGGUGGCGAGUGGCUAUUCCACAGAGACCUGGAGCAUGCGUAGGACUGCCGGAGCCAGUGCGCGGCACAGAGUGCACCUUUUCCUGCGAGGCCGGGGAGUUCCUGGAGAUGUCGGCUCAGGAAUGUACCAAGUGUGCAGCAGGGAGCUACUCCCUCGGAAGUGGCGUUCGCUUUGACCAGUGGGAUUCCAUGCCUGUAGGAUUCAGCAGCCUGGCAACCUCCCUGGACAACAGUCCCCAUGGUGACAGUUGGAUCACUUGCAACAGUUCUGCCUGGGUGCCUCAAGGAAACUACCUGGAGUCCAACAGGGAUGAAUGCACAGUGUCUCUGAUCUACACGGUCCAUCUGAAGAAACAGGGCUCUGCCAGCUUUGAGUACCAGUAUCCUGACAGUAACCUGCUGUUUGAAUUCUUUAUUCAAAAUGACCAGUGUCAGGAGAUGGAUCAGUCUGCUGAUACAAAGUGGCUCAAGCUCACUAAUCAUGGAGAAUGGGCAAAUUAUACGGUGAAACUGAAAUCUGGCACCAAUAUCUUGUACUGGAGGACCGGUGGGGUUCUGAUGGGGUCCAAAGUGGUGAAGCCUGUUCUACUGAAGAAUAUCCUAAUUCAAGGAGUUGCCUACACGUCUGAGUGUUUCCCGUGUAAGCCAGGCACUUUCAGUCGAGCUCCAGGCUCAUCCACAUGUCAGCAAUGUCCUCGGGACACCUAUUCUGGUCAUGGUGCCAGCUCAUGCACCCCCUGUAACAAGUCCACACAUUAUGCAUCCGAGGGAUCAGCUGUGUGUAAGAACAGACCUCCGUGUUCUAUGAAGGACUAUUUCCAGCUCCAUACGCCAUGUGACCAUGAAGGAAAGACGCAGGUUGUUUAUAAGUGGAUCGAGCCAAAGGUCUGUCUGGAAGGCGUCCCUAGAGCUGAGGUGUUACCUUCAAGUGGGAAACGAGACCGCUGCCCGCCUUGUAACCCUGGUUUCUAUAACAAUGACACAGCCACCUGUUCACCCUGCCCACCUGGGACCUAUUCUGAUGGGCUGAAAGCAUGUCAGCGAUGUCCGGCGGGCACCGAGCCCACGCUGGGUUAUGAAUAUAAAUGGUGGAAUGUUCUUCCUGCUAACAUGAAGACAUCCUGUUUCAACGUAGGAAACGCUAAAUGUGACAAUAUGAAUGGCUGGGAAGUCGCGAGAGAUCACAUCCGGAGUGGGGCAGGAACCUCGGACAACGACUACCUCAUCCUCAGCAUCCAUAUUCCUGGCUUCAAACUCCCGACGUCCAUGUCACACCACACGGGGACAGAAUUUGGCCGUAUUCAAUUUGAGUUUGAAACUUCGUGCACUGCGACCUGUGAACUCUUCUUCAUGAUGGAUAUAAACAGGAAGGCUACCACAGUGGUGGAGUGGUGGAAUGGUACCAAGACGCGACAGACUUACUCCCACAUCGUGACGACCAAUGCCUCCGUUUCAUACACAUGGGCCUUCCAGAGGACAAACCAACCUUCAGAUGUGCGACACUAUGUACACGACACGGCGCGCAUUUUCUCUAUCUCUGUGAGUAACGCUGUGGAUGGUGUGUCCUCUGGGUGCCAAGCUUGUGCACAGAGUUCCCGGUCCUCCAACUCUGCGUGCGUACCGUGUCCUCCCGGACACUACAUAGACACACAGACCAACCAGUGCACUGAGUGUCCGGAGGACACCUACCUCCUCUCUCAUGCCCCGCAAGGAUCAGAUGCCUGCAGGCCUUGUGGACCGGGCAGCAAGAGCGACAAGGAUCACAGUUUGUGCUUCAGCGACUGCCACUUCAAGCAUACAGAGGGCAAUGUCACUCUGACCUUUGACUUCAGCCGAAUUGGAUCUGUGGGGUCUUUGAUGAAUGGGCCAAGCUUUACCUCCAAAGGAACAAAGUACUUCCACCAGUUCAACAUCAGCCUGUGUGGAGGACAGGCUCACUUGGCAGUCUGCACAGACAAUGUAACAGAUCUACCCCUCACCGACUCCCAAAGGGAGAAGGACGAAGGAGCCGGCGCAGUCAAUACCUUCAUCUGUCAGUCAACAAUAAUUCCAGCGAAUGGGAGGGGCUUCCGCACAGCACUGUCGUCACAGUCUAUCAGCUUGGCCGACAGAUUUCUUGGCGCAACAGUAAAGAUGACCAUGGAAGGAAUAAGAGCCACACCGGAGUUCUUUCCCCAGACCUCAAAGAAAGUCCCUGAUGUCAACUUUUAUUAUCGUUCUUUGGGGGUAACCUCGUCUUGUCAGUUGGGUCGGAGUGUAGUUGUGACACUUCGUUGUAACCCACAGAAAAGCGCUAAAGGAGAGCUCUCAGUUCCCAGUCAGUGUCCUGCCGGAACAUGCGAUGGCUGCACCUUUCAUUUCUUGUGGGAAAGUUCUGCAGCUUGUCCCACGUGCACAGACGUAGACUAUCACCGGAUAGAUGGUGCCUGCAAGGGAGGGCUUCAGGACGUGCUCUAUUUGUGGAAUGAGCCAAAGCUGUGUACGGGAGGCCUGUCCUUGCCUAAGACUAAGAUGUUGCCCUGUGAGAGCAUGGACUUCUGGGUACGGCUUGGUGCAGGGCUGGGAGCCUUCUGUGCAGUGCUGCUCAUUGCCCUCACAUGUAGCUUUUGGAAGAAGAACAAGAGGUUGGAGUAUAAGUACUCUCGGCUGGUGAUGUCUGCCAACAAGGAGUGCGAGAUGCCCGGAGCUGACAGUUGUGCUGUGAUGGAAGGAGAGAACGAGGGAGAAAUGGAGGACGAGGUUGUGUACACAAAGCCUUCUUUAAUGGGAAAAAUCAAAGCCAUAGCAUCCAAGCGUAACGGAGACAGCUAUGAAAACAUGCAGUUAAACUCAGCUCACUCGAAAGCGUUGGUGUGGAGCUAAAGUGACGGCGAGGGGAAAAGGUCACGCCCUAAAGAGACUUCCCACCAAGACACCCCUUUAACACAUGAUGUUUACGAGCUUUGCAAGCCUGGAAGAUUCAAAGUGCGUGUGUGCGUGUUGACACGUGCACACACGUCAUGCAGCCGCAGCCAGGUUGACAAGAGAACAGGAACACGGCGGCCUUACAGCUCGGUACAACACAGCCGUCCAAAUCAAAGUGGAGGACUGUCAACAAGCAUGUACAAUGCCAAAUGAUGUCAUAAAGGCUGUUAGAGAAGCUCAGGUAAAGAGGACCUAUUUAAGAUGUUUAGUUUUUUCCCAUAGACUUUGUUUUAAAAAUUCUAUUUUCUUUUGCACAGUCAUUUCAUUUUUAGUUCAAUGUUAUUAUGCUGUGAUGAGCACAGACUCAUAAACUGGCUGUAUGAAUCUGAUGUUUCCUUGUCCAUGUGUUGUGGUUUCCUUUUUUAAAUUUUGUUUUGAAUGUUAUAAUGAGAAGGGUUUUGUUAUUUAACUGAAAGUGAAGAUGUCAUAAGACUGAUGUACUGUACAUCAAAUAAAUCACAAUGUGUU